UUAAACCGAAAGUUGUCAACUCUUAAUUUUUCAUGCCAUAAUAUUGUUGUUAUAAUUGGAAUACAUUAGAUAAAUAUAUCAAACCUCUGUUUUUGAUAUUUGUUAGCAUAAGUACUGUCAGUUUAUAAAAUAGCUGUAUUCAUUAUUGGAUAACUAGUUUAAGCCAAUAUAACUUGUGAACGAAGUCGCGAGUAAAAUAGAUAAGAUAUAUUGCAAAAAAAUAAAAUUCAUAUUUUUUUAUAUAUCGGAAUUCAACGAUGAAAAUAAUCUUUAAAUGGCAGAUGUAUCAGUGUGUUCUAUUUUUUCCAGAUUACGUUUUUAUACCUGGUCUAAAGAAUGAAUUACUCAUGUUUGGUGGUUAUUCCUUCGCCCAAAACCACACAAAGAGACUAUGGUAUUGUUCCCAGAAGAGAUUGGGUUGUAAAGCGAAGGUACAGAUGAAUUCUGACAAUUGCAUUGUCUUUGCGGACAGUGAACACUGUCAUAAACCACCUGAAUAUCACAUUACUAAAUCAGGACAAUAUGUAUUACUACGAAAUAGUAAAAAAAGAAAGAGGUCCAAAUGAACAUCCUUGUGGUAUCAUAAAUGACGAAAGUUUUGAUGUUUCCUUCAUAUGAGAGGUUCAAUGAACUUGUGUAUUAGUAGUAUAAUAUAAAAUAUUUGACAUUAGACUUAAAGUGGUUUGGAAUUGUUAAACUUAAGAAAACUAACUUACCAUCCAUCUAAUAUUAUUAAAACUCCUUAUUGGAGGUUAUUGAUGUUGGAUGUAUUAUAUAAGAGAUUAAAUAAUAAUAAACGUCAACUACUGGUUACUUUGAAUUUUCUGAUUCCGGUUUCCCGUUUCAGUCACAAUCACUUUAAGGGGGUUCAAUAUCAGUAAUUUUUAAUUAGUUUUGUAAAAAGAAAUAAUGUCAAAAUAUAUACCAUAUAUACCAUAGGGGGAGGCCUAUGUUCAUCAGUGGACGUCUUCCGGCUGAUGAUGAUGAUAUACCAUAUUAUGAAAGGGCUUGUCGUAAAGAUUUCAAUCAAAUAUGAUAGCUGAAA